GGCGGGGGAACCUCCAUGAGGCGUCCUCCCGCGUCCCUCUCCUCAGGGGACCCCGCUCCCCAGGGGACGCCGUUUCUCCGCUCCCCAAGGUCACUCCGCCCCUGGCACACCCGCCCCCCUCCUUCCCGCCGCCGAGGCCAUACCGACGGUGCCGGGCAGGCGGGCGGCCCCGGCGAGCCAAGGCAGACGAGCAGCACCGGCCGCGCCGCUCGCGGCCCGCCGAGUUCCCCAGGCAGCCGCUGCCCGGAGCAGCAGGCUCAUGGCCGCCAUAGCUGGAACUGGCACGGGGGCGGGGCCAGCAACGCCCCUUGCCCGCGGCUAGGUGAAGCUAGGCGGCCACCAUCUUGGAAAAGGGCAGAUCCUUCACUCUCCUUCCGGCGCCCGGCAUUGUGGGAGCGGCGGCGCGUCAUGGCGGGCGCCACGGGGAUGGCCGCGCUGUGCCGGCGCCUCACGGCCGCGCUGCGGCUGUGGGGAUCGCGGCCGGGCCCGGCGGCUGCCGGGCUCCCCGGAUUGAUGCUGAAUCCAUUCCACAAGAACCCGGCAAAAGCUGAGCCCGUCCAUCAGCUGAGGUUUCUGCACACGUCUCUGUCUUGGAGAGGUCUGGAGGAGUUCUUUGAUGAUCCAAAAAACUGGGGAGAAAAAACUGUAAAGUCUGGGGAUGCGUGGAACAUAAAGCAGCUAAGGGCCAAGAGUAGUGAAGACCUGCACAAACUUUGGUAUGUCCUACUGAAGGAAAAAAACAUGCUUUUGACUUUAGAGCAAGAAUCAAAACGACAACUCAAGCCUAUGCCAAGUCCAGAGAGAUUAGAAAAGGUAGAAAAAUCUAUGAAAAAUAUAGACUUGGUUGUCAAAGAAAGAGAAACUGCUUUGAGGCUUUUACAAACAGGCCAUGAAAAACCAGUACCUGGCGAGUGGAGACAUGACUUCUUAGGACGCACCUACUGGUACACUUACAAGGAAUGGCCAAUACCAUGGUACUUGAACAAAAAAUACAAAAAGAGGAGAUUCUAUUACUUACGUCAUGUGGAUCACUUCAUCAGACUCAGACGUGAAAAAUUUUUACGUAGAAGAGCAAGAAAGCAAAACCUAGAGAAGAGGAGGCAGAAGGUCUUGGAAAGCAAGUUCCCUCACCUUGCUGCAAAAUCCCAGAGGCAGCAGUAACAUGCUGGAAGAGAACUGCAAGCAAUUGGUCAAGUAUCUUUGUGACUGAAACAUGAAACGAGUUCUGAAAGCACCAAACAACUCAACUGAGCAUUCCCGAGGCUCCAUUUUUUAAAAUCCCAUCUUUGACCUCAAUUAAACUUCUAAUCUGGAAUUGAAAA